GCGUUACAACUUGCGUUGUCACCACCUCAGACGUGUAUACGCAAACAAUGUGUAUACACAAUGUUACGCUUUGAUUUUCUUUAUAUAUAUAUAAUGUUUAUAUAAACGAUUAUUUAUUAGCUAGGCAUGUUAUGUACGUAUUGAUUAAAUAGGUCAUUCCUCGUGGUUAGUUUAAUCCGCCCUUUUAAUCGUAUUGUGGAUGUACACACUCAGCAGCCACACGCUACAGAAUGAGAGCCAUUUUGGGGCCUCAACAUUGAUAAAAUGCCAAAAAGUGAUACCUGGCUGUGUGGGACUGGACUUGAAACAUUGACUGGCAUGGACAAUGCGAGCAGCUGUGACAGCGUAGUCAGCGGACAUUCUGCUAUCAGCGAUAAUAGUCUGGAGCAUUUGUCUGCUGAGGAGAAAGCCUGCCUCAUGUUUUUGGAGGAGACCAUUGAGUCACUGGAUACCGAGGAUGAACGCGAACUCUCCAAUGAAGAAACAGACCUCUUGCCAAUCCCUGGCAGCCUGGCCUCCAGACUGGCAGACCUGUCAGCCUCCAUAAACAAAACCAAGCUCAAUGGUCUGCGAAAGCACCACUCUAUGGAAACCAUCAGGGAAAAGGUGGAGCAUAAACCCAUACAGAACUACCUUGUACCAACACCUUUUGUUUUGGCGAGCAGCUCUAAUCAAUACAAAUCAAAUAUGAAAGCUGGCAUUCAGUUAAAAAAGAAGUCUCUUUCAUUUAACAACUGCAGCCAGAAGCCUACUGAUUCCCAUGUUCCCUUUGAGGUCAAUGGUCUGAUAACCCCUACAACCAAGUCUAAAGACAAUUUAGUGAAAACUGGUGAAAGAGGGCCUUUAUCCUACGAUGCACUUGUUUACCUGCGAAGGAGCGCUUCCACAAAGAAAACGCCUUUAUGUCCCACAGUCGAUCACACGAUAGACUUGGUAAAAUGCCCUUCAGUUAUCAUCGAAGAUCCAAAUAACAGAAAUGUGGGACUGCCUGACAGAGCGGUCUCAGGGGCAGGCAGGUUUAGGAUAGGCCCGCCACCUGUUGCGCCAAAACCUAAAAGGAUUCCUUCAAAUAUCUCUGUGAAGAUGGAAAAGGAAGAUGCCCCAGCCUCAAACUCAUCAUACAAUAUUAAAAACGCAAUAGACCCUAAAGUGGUCAGACAGGAAGCUUUGCAGAAGCUAGGUCUCCUUAAAGACCAACAAUCUGAAACUCAAGUGACUCAACAGGAGCUCUCCAAGUCACAUUUGUCUGUGGGAAACGGAUUUUUAAAAGGUCCCGUAAACAUUAGUCAGUCAAGAAGCCCCUCUUUUUGCCAUGCUCCAGUGCCCCCUGAGCCCAGAAGCAAGGCUGUGCAGAGCAGUUCUAGUUUCCACCACUAUCUAAGGUGCCCUCAACAUGUGAUGUCACUGUCUCAUUCAGGGCAACGCAACAGGUUAAAGAUCGCAGGUCCAGAGAUACCUCAUACAGUCCUUAACCACAAAAAUGAGACGACCUGUCCAGAACCGCGACUCCAAACAGUCUCUGAGGAUCAGCCAGUUUCUCCGAAAGCCUCAAACUCUGUGACAUACACAGUAAUGAUGGUGCCUGGAAUGGGUGCCGACAGAAAAGAGGCUCUCAGAAAGUUGGGACUGCUCAGAGACUAGCCACACCAGUAAGCAGAGCAGAGGACGCCCUGGGUUAAAGCAUUAAGAGGCUGGCAUUCAGGUCUGGCAACGACAAAGUAGAUAAAGUAUUUAAAUAAGCAGCUCUUUCCUUUCUAGGUCAUUUUAUGCAGUUUCUUUUCAAGAUUCCUCUUCUGUUGCAGCUCAAAUAUGAUUGUUUCCCCAUAGGUGUUUUUACAUUGCUUGACAAAUUCAACAUUCACACAUGUGCCUCAAUUUGGACCUUGAUUGCUGUCGAAAUCACAGCUCGUGAUUGUUUGUCACUUGUGACUCUUGAAAAAAAACUGAGUACACAAAUACCAACAUCUUAAUAGAUUUUUACAAUUGUGGGUCCUGACGAUUUUCCAAGAAAAUCAGAAAGGGGAAAAAACACCAGACACACCCAACAGUAACUACAGUAUAAUUGGUCAUGAUAAUUCUUCUGAGACAUCAGUUAAUUUCAGCUUUUUCCGCCUUUGAGUGCAAGGGUGGGAAAAUCCUCAAACUUUGCUUGAUUGUCGGUAUGUACGUAUGUACCUUGUUUUGUCUUGGAAUGAUUAGUUGUAAAGACUAUUUCUACCAUGUCUUUUUCACACAUGCACAAUAAAAAUAAAUUAUUUUACAGCAGAUACUUUGGAGUUAAGACUGAAUCACUGGGCAACCACACGGUUGUACUACUAUUCUUACGAAGGAGGUCUGCACUGCUGCUCUU